CGAGGCGGCUUUGGAAGUUCAAGUUAAAUAUGAUCUUCCAUAUAAACAAAAAUUCCAAGGGCGACUCGACAGCAACCCUUUUUUGAUCGCAUAGUACUAGAAGUGAGAUUAUGCGGGAGCACAUCGAGAGGGAUAUCCAAAAAUCGACCUAGGCGGUUAAGGUGUCGAAAAUAAUUAAGUGGAGUUGUGGUGGCGAUCGAGAAACCAAAGGAGGGUGUGGGUCUCACUCAUUUUCCAUGAGAAUGACACCCAACCAAAAUCUAUUUGUGAUAACCCUCCUCUAAGGCUUCUAAAAGAACGAAGGAGCACGGUGGACCUCUGGCAAGGGGAGUGGGGAACGCGGUCUUCCUGGACAAAAACCUUGUUAACCGUUUACGCAAUUAUUGUUAACUAGAAUUGACGUGCCAAACGGAACCAGAACCAAAGAGUAUUAUUAAGUAUUCUUUACCAGAACAUAAUAAGAUGCUGGCGCAUUAUUAGGUCAAUUUAGGUUGUUUUUUGAUAACUGGAUAAUCGCUUGGGGUUUAUUCAUCGCCGAUAAAUGUCGAUAAAAAUGAACCGCUGCGUGUGUGUUUCCAUUUCCUAAAAUUCGGACGUGUUCCGGCAACGUCAGAAUGCUCGCGGCCAUCUUGCUGCUGUUGUGCGUCAAAGUGACCCACGUCCGUCCGUCGUGCCAGAAGGACCGAAUCGCCCCCCUCGACGCUUCGUACCUUAGCACCAGUUUCGCCUACACUGAAACGAUCAACGAUUGCGAGUGCGAUUCAAAAACGUGCGUCAGGAAGUGCUGCGGCGUCGAUUAUGUGCUUCGAGGGGACUCUUGCGUUCGUACACGCGAAAAGAUCACGUUCGAAAUUUUUGACGAGAUCGAGCCCGUCGAAGAUGCCCUGGAUAUUAAAAUAAUUGACGGUUAUAUUUACUGCCCGCAUGGAAAUAUCUAUUCGUUAAACGCAGCGGAAGAUCCGUUCUUUGUUCAGAGAAAUGGAAGCUUGUGGGUGCCUUUUGCAGAAGAAAUUAUUGACCUCGACUCUUAUUGCGUUGACGAUAUUGAUGGGGAGCUUUCUGGAUUGACAUGCAUUGACUGGACGGACGAUGUGGUCACUGUCAAUAAUUACGGAAUGAUAAUUUCCAUGCCAUUUCUCCUGGCCACCUUCAUCGUGUACGGCCUCCUGCCCGAAAGGAACAUGCACGGAAAAUCGCUGAUGAGCUACGUCAUAUCCUUGUUCGGCGCGUACCUUUUCCUGGUGAUAAUACAGGAGCAUACCGAAAUUGUCGGCGCAGGCUGCAUCGCCUUGGGUACUUUAUGCCUGUUCUUCUUCAUGGUGUCGUUCCUUUGGAUGAACGUUAUGUCUAUUGAUAUUUGGUGGACGUUCAAAGGGAUAAGGGGUUUGAGUGGUAACAAGAAGGAGGUGGAGCAAAAACGUUUCCUAAUGUAUUCAAUCUACUCUUGGGGCGUGCCCUUAGUUUACAUCAUUAUUAUAACGAUAAUAAACGUCAGUGCGCCCCCAAACGCCUGGUAUAAGCCUGGCAUUGGCGACGGACAGUGCUGGUUCUCUCUUGGAGAGACUACACUAGUGUACUUUUAUCUGCCUCUCUGUAUCAUUAUAAUUGCGAAUGUGGUGCUUUUUGCGCGGACUUCUUUCAGGAUACGGGAAAUGCAGCAAGAGACCGCCAUUCUGAGACGAAAUGAGAACAGAAUCAGCACCCAAGACCACGAUAAGCAAAGGUUCUACCUGUACUUAAAACUACUUAUGGCAAUGGGCGUUAACUGCGGCUAA